AUGAAGAUCCUGCAGGAUAUCCGAGCCAUCGCCACGCCCUCGCAGCUCUGCGCCCUGCUGCCUCUCUAUUCGGGGGACGAUGAGGAGACUUUUCGACUGGGCAGACUUGGCCGUUGGUAUGGCCGCCUGAUAGCUCUCAUCAUGCUGAUCACCUCGCUCUUCUUUGGCGAGGAUGUACUCUUCGCUUCCCGUGAGUACAGACUGGUGGCCAGUGCCCAGGGAGACACAGAGGAGAUCAAUAGGACGAUAGAGACUCUCCUGUGCAUCGGUAGCUACACGAUGAUGGUCUUGUCCAAUGUGCAGAAUGCAUCACGUCAUUGCCGGACCUUGAGGGAGAUCGCUAGGAUCGAUGAGUAUCUGGAGGUGAAUGGCUUCCGGGAGAACUACAGCUGCCGGAAACUGGGCACUCUGGUGGCCUCAGCAGCGGCGGGAGUCCUGGCGGUGGCCUUCUACUACAUACACUUUCGAAGCGGCAUCGGUUCCCGGAGGCAGGGCAUCCUGCUCCUGGUCUACUUCCUGCAGCUACUCUACUCCACAGUUCUUUCGAUAUAUCUACGCACCAUACUCAUGAAUCUGGCUCUAAGGAUUGGCUUUCUCAACCGGAAACUGGAUGCCUUUAUCCUGCAAGAGGGUGUGUCCAGUGGAGAAAACUGGCGGGAGCUAAGCAAUCUCAUAGAGGUGCUUUGCAAAUUCCGCUACAUCACCGAGAACAUGAACUCCGUGGCUGGAGUGGCGCUCCUAUUCUUCUUCGGCUUUGCCUUUUACACGGUAACGAAUCAGAGCUACCUGGCCUUUGCCACCCUGACGUCCAGCUCGACCAGUUCCAGGUUGGAAGUGGCUGACACCAUGGGUUUGUCGUGUGCCUGGGUGCUGGCUGAGACCAUCACCAUGGCAGUGAUUUGCAGUGCCUGCGAUUGUCUGGCCUCCGAGGCCAAUGGCACGGCCCAGAUUCUGGCCAGAGUGUAUGGGAAGAGCAAACAGUUUCAGAACAUUGCCGACAAGUUCCUCACCAAGAGCAUCAAGCAGGAGCUGCAAUUCACCGCCUACGGAUUCUUUUCCAUAGAUAACUCCACGCUCUUCAAGAUCUUCUCAGCGGUCACCACAUAUUUGGUUAUCCUAAUACAGUUCAAGCAGCUGGAGGACUCCAAGGUGGAUGAAAUUAAUCAGGAUUAA